GUGGUAGCGAGAGGGGAGGGGGGAUGCGGUGCAGCAGCAGCGGUGCGGUUUUCGCCAGGCCCAGGCCCAGGAUUGCCAGUAGCCGGCGCGCAGUGGAGCGACUCACAUCACAGCACCUCAUCCGUGGCCACCAUUUUCGGUGAUUUCUGAGCAACAUGGCUGCUUCUCGCCCUCUCACGCACAAUCCUGGGACGGGCCCGUGCGCGGUGUGCGGUGAGACCGGCCUCCCCUGCGCGCGCUGCCGCGUGGACUACUACUGCAGCAAGGAGCACCAGAAGAGGCACUGGCCCAAGCACAAGGUGGGCUGCGGCAGUGUGGAGCUGCGUGGAGGCAGUGUGGUGGCGGCCAGGGACAUCCCCGCCGGCACGGUCAUCAUGAGGGAGGUGCCGGCGCUCUUCUUCCCAGCGUCGCCCCUGACGUACUACCAAAGCCAGUGUCUUCUGUUGCUGUGCGUGGGUUGCUGCGCCGAAUUGACCCCGAAGGCAGCUUCGCAGUGCCGCCGCUGCGGACUGCCUGUCUGUGGCAACGCCUGCAGCCGGGCCAGUGAACACCAGGUGGAGUGCAAGGCGUUCGAGCGCGCCAAGUUCAAAGUGACAAAAGCUGAUAUCCGCGGCGCUACGGGAGCUAUGCUUGGCGCGGCUGUCGCGACGCUUCGUGUGGUCUCGGCAUGCUCUGACAACCAGCUGCUCCAAAAUCUUCUUCGUGAACCGACUUUAGAUGGACAGGGGUUGCAGGCGUCUCCUGAUGCCGCGUCCUGGGUGGACACCAUUGAAACCUACAUCGCCGCUGUGGCCUUGUUCCUGCGCGAGGUCGCGGGCAUCAAGUGGAUCCCCGAACAAGACCUCAUCCGCGCCGCGCGCAUCGUCUCCAUGUACGCAGAGGACUUCGAGGGCCCCGACCCUGCCAGAUGGUCACACGUCUCGAAACAGGAACACGUAGGCACUCUGUAUGUUGGAAUGGCGCAAAGAAAGCACAGCUGCUACCCUAACUCCGGUGACACGAUUAUGAACGCCGAGCUCAAGGAGUGGGUGGUCGUGACAUCGAGGGACGUUGCUGCAGGUGCACCCAUCACCACCCACCAUCAGCGCUGUCGCUGGCUGGACGACACGCUGCAGCGGCGCGAGACCCUCUUGGUUCGCAAGGGCAUCGUCUGCGACUGCGAACGCUGCAGCGACCCCACCGAGCUGGGCGUGUAUGUGGGCUCGCCCUGCUGCGCCGGCUGUACAGCUCAAGGCAAGCAGCGCUACCUGGUGCCUGUCAAAGAAGAUCGUGAUCUGUGGCGCUGCGAGGGCUGUCCCCUGGAGAUGACGGUGAGCGAAGUGAAGGCUCUGACCAAACCAAUGGAGGAUCGGCUGGAGGAGCUCAAAGGAUCUCCGCCAGAGACGAUACUCCAGUUCACCAAGGCCCAGGUGUACCCACACGGCCCCUUGCACUCUACGCACACUGUGGUGUUGCGCGCCAACGAGUACCUCAGGAAAGAUAUCUACGACCGCAGGGCCGACGAGCAGGCCACCGAGGGCGAGGUGGACCGCUGGGAGGAGGUGGUCCGCGGCCAGCUGCGCGCCCUGGACCGGCUGCUGCCCGGUGUGGUGGGCGAGGACCGCGCCGUUAUUCUCCUGGAGCUGCGUCGCCUCACGCUGCGUCGUCUGCGAGCGGCGGAGAGGAAGGCGGCACUGGAGGCGUUCUGCCAGCCCUCCCGGACCACGGAGGCCGGGCUCAAGCUGCCGGAGUACAGGCAAGCCGUCCUGGAUGUCAACAAGCAACUUUGCGGUCUUCACUUCAACAGGGACGAGGAGAUGCCGAAGCGUUUCCUGAUUGAAGACCCCUUCGGUGGCAGAUAGUCAGGUCCAGACGCCAACUGCCUCGUCAUUGUGUCCAUCGGCGGGUCCUCUGAGUGUCACUUUAUUGACGAAGCUGCCAUCAUGUUCCAUUGAGUGAUACGUUACAAAUGUAAAAUGGAAUUCCUUUUUGUGUUUAGUUUUUGUUGACUACCGAGUGAGACCUUUAAGAAGUCCACUUCAUUCCUUGUUUAUAUUUUAGUGAGGGCUAUCGGUUUAAGUCGGUGAAUAUUACUUUUGUUCUUCAGAGGCUCGAGGAAUUUGUUGGAACGGAGAACUAACAGACGCAAAUUAAACGUUCAUUAUCAACUGUG